AUGAUUAAAAGGGACAAGAAAGCAAACGACGGGGAGGUGGUGAACAAAGUUCCGGGCGCCGGUACCAAGAUUGUAUUCCUUGACUGCGAUGGUGUCGUUUCACCGCUCUGUGGGAAGUUGUUUGCAGCGAAGCAGAUGGACCUCCUGCGGCAUAUUCUCACAGAGACAGGAGCCAAAAUAGUCCUGAGCUCCUCAUGGCGUAUGACCGAGUUUGGAAGGAGCGAGGUGGCGACACAGCUCGUCAAGCACCACAUGCCAACGUUUAUUUCCUGUACCCCUUUUUUUCCAGACAAGCCGCGUUCUGUGGAGAUAUUAUCAUGGGUAGAUGCCAACAAGGAACGGUACAAUGUAGUGAACUUUGUGGCGCUAGAUGACAUUAAUUUACCGGCAACUGCCCCGAAUCGUGAGUUUUUUGCCCGUCACGCCAUAGUGACGAACGCCUUCACUGGACUUACGGAAUCAUGUGCAAAAGAGGCAGUAAGACUGUUACACGACAACAACAAUAUUUGA